AUGGGCACGGCGGAGCACUCUGAUUGGCCAGUGCAGCGCAGGGGCGUGGCCAGCGAACCUAGUAUUUUCACAAAGUACCAGACAAAACCCCAGUUGUUUGGAGGAGAUACAAAGAAUGAAGGCCUAUUUACUCUUCCUUUGCCUACUGGAAAUUCCAAAGGACUCUUGAAACAGUUUGAAGAGAAAAAAAAAAGAGCAGCAGACAAAUGUGACAGCGAGAAUCUAUACAACUUUUUUUCUCAUUUUGGAAAAAGCAUACAGAAGUUGCAGACAUCUGUGGAGAAGUCUGAGGAGCAUCUCAGUUCAAGAAGUCAGUCUAUUUUGGAUUCUUUAGAGACUGGGAUUAAGACAUUUCAAGAGACUUCACAAAACCAGAGUAACCUGAUACUUGAGGCAGUGCAAGAGAAAGGCAACAUGGAGCAGGUUGUCCUUGAGAUACAGAAGGAAUCAGAGGCUAGACAAGCAGAGUUUAUAGAAAUGAAGUCCUUCCUGAAGAACCUUGAAGUUUUAGUUUUCCAGCAGAGUAAGGACUUCCAGCAACUUUCUGAGCAAGUAGGCCAGCUGAAUAUGUCUGGUUUCCUAGAAGAGCUGAAGAGAUUAAUCUCCGUGCCUCAAGUACCUAGGCAUGUGAAAGAAAACACUUCUCAGACCUCACCAUUUCUGGCCCAGAACCUCAAUUUCAUGAGGCAGGAAAAAUCCACCACUGAGGAGCCAGUUAGUUGGCAGGUCCAGAUCCCUCCUGAUGCAGGGAAUCCCAGUAUGGGUUCCCAGAAGACUGGGUUGUUUGGCAUCUGGGAUGAAGGAACACAGAGUGAUAUUCUCCAAGAGGCCUCACUGCCAGCAGGUGGGCCCCCUAAAAGAAAUGGCCAUGUAAAGGACAAGAGCAUGGAAACUAACUGCAGGAAUUGGAUGAUUUCCAAAACAAGUCCCCAAAACCACAGCUCUAGCAUUCCAGACCACAAGAUUUGUGGUGACAAAGACCUAAUUUCUCAAGAAUAUUCUCAGCUAGACGUCACAACCAGCAUUAAAAAUGUCUGUCCAAUAUAUCUAUCCCAAAGACUAUUUUCUUAUGACCCAUAUAAACAGCUAAUGACUAAACAGAAAGGCAAGACUAUAGGAAGAGGGAGAAAAGGCAAGAAGCAACCCAGGAAAUCCCACAGAAGCCGGUGUCGAGCUAGGCAGCAAGAGCAAACUCCUCCCAAGACCCAUGCUUUCAAUUCCAGAUAUCAGAAUCCCCAGUGUCCAGUUUCUGGUCCACAAGAACCCUUCAUUCAGCAGCAGGAACCUCUUUCUCAGCCUCUACAUUUGCAGGAUCCUAAAAGCUCUACCAACCCAGUUUUGGGAGAGACAGUCAAGACCAGUCAGAUAAGAAGGGCAGUUCAAAAGAGCCUCUUGCAGUCUAACAGGUACUCGUCCAAAGACGAUGAGCAGUCCUCAAGCAGUUCCCAGGGUGACCAGAAUAUAAGCUGGUUCAAUAACCUCGGAUUUGAAAAUUCAGAGUCUUCUGUGCUUAAGAAGGCUGGGAAGAACUUUCUCUGUGAUCUGGUUUUUGAUAGCAGCGAUGAUGACUUCUGA